AUGGCUAACAACUGUCUGGAGGGGGAGGGGUUUGCUCACUUCGCUCGGCGGCUCUGCGGGCUGAAGAUGGCGGACGCAGAAAACAGUGUCGGAACGGCCUUCUCGGGCGCCUCCGAUAUGGACGAGCCUGCCGCUAAAAAGCCGAAAAUUUCCUUGGCGGCCAACUUCGGCCUCAAAAUCACCGACGCCAAUAAAAUGCCGUGCGUGUCUGGAGUCGCGGAGAGUUUGGAAGCCGCGGUGAAUCGCGCCCAGCCAGCGGAGAGGGAAGCAAAGCCGGCGAUGGCGGUCGAGCAGGCCCCAGGAGCGCAAGGCGGAGACAACAAUGGCCAUGGACUGCUCGUUUCCGAGCCCUUUAAGCCCGCGGUGACACCAGACGACAGCGCCGUGCUUGGGACUUUCGAAACCAGUGCGGGUCUCAUUGGGUGUGUCAAUCACUCCUCCAAUGGGUUGGCCGUCACACCGGAGCAUGUCACAGAAGACGAUGACCGAUCGUCUCAUGCCAGCUCCAGCGACUGGACACCUCAACCGCAUAUCGGUUCCUACAGUUUCAUCCAGCAACACAUCAGAGAGACUGACCCAAGGAUCAUUUUAAGGGAGUUGCUGCCAGAGACUGUCCUGCCGCCAGAUUUAGACGACAUGACGCUGUGGCAGAUAAUCAUCAAUAUCUCCGAACCUCCUAAAAGAAAGAAACGCAAGGAUAUUAACACCUUGGAAGAUGUGGUCAGGCUUCUCCAUGAAAGUAAAAAGAUUCUUGUGCUGACAGGUGCCGGGGUGUCUGUUUCAUGCGGGAUACCAGAUUUCCGCUCCAGAGAUGGAAUUUACGCUCGUCUUGCCGUUGAUUUUCCUGAUCUUCCAGACCCACAAGCUAUGUUUGACAUUGAAUACUUCCAAAGAGAUCCGAGGCCAUUUUUCAAGUUUGCUAAGGAAAUCUACCCGGGUCAGUUUCAGCCCUCGCCCUGUCACAAAUUCAUAUCUAUGAUGGACAAGCAGGGCAAGCUGCUCCGCAACUACACGCAAAAUAUCGAUACAUUAGAACAAGUAGCCGGAGUUCAGCGAAUCAUCCAGUGUCACGGGUCAUUUGCGACUGCAUCCUGUCUUAUCUGUAAAUACAAAGUGGAUUGUGAAGCUAUAAGGGAAGACAUCUUUAACCAGCGCGUCCCCCAUUGUCCUCGGUGUCCAGAUAUUCCUUUGGCAAUAAUGAAACCCGACAUUGUCUUCUUUGGAGAGAAUCUUCCAGAAAUGUUCCACCGAGCCAUGAAGCAGGACAAGGACGAAGUAGAUCUUUUGAUCGUCAUCGGCUCUUCACUGAAAGUCCGACCGGUCGCCCUCAUCCCGAACUCCAUUCCUCAUGAAGUGCCUCAAGUCUUGAUCAAUCGGGAGCAGCUGCCUCACCUCAACUUUGACGUAGAGCUGCUGGGAGACUGCGACGUCAUUGUCAACGAGCUCUGUCAUCGGCUGGGCGGAGACUUUGAGCAGCUCUGCUACAAUACCGUAAAACUCGCCGAGAUUACGGAAAAACCCCCUCGGUUACUGGAGCAGCAGCAGCCGCCGCAUGAAGCCUUGUCCGCCGCCUGCGACAGAACACCAGAAGAGCCGAAGAAUGACAGUACAGACUCUGUUCUAAAGCCUUCACCGCCAAGUCCGAAUGUCACAGAAACCGACUGUCACGUCGCACCUCGAGAGCCUUGUCCUAGCCAAGAGUCACCGGUUAAAGACUCAACCAAAGAAGAGGGCACGGAAGAAAGGAGUCAAUCUUCCCACCAUGAAUUUCGGCGACGGUGUUGGAUGAAUCGGAUCAACCGAAGUCCCAUUAGCAAGCGCCUUGACGCGGGCCAGUACCUGUUUCAAGCACCGCAUCACUACAUCUUCCACGGAGCCGAAGUUUACUCUGACUCUGAGGACGAGACGUCGAGCUCGUGCGAAAGCGACAGCGAGGAGUCCGAAUGCACCGCUGACGAGGGAGGGGAGCACAGCGACCCGGAGGACGGUGAUGGAGCCGUCCACCUCAGAGACACGACGCAAGUCACUUUAGCCGACGAGGACACGUCCAAUAUCCAGGAAGACGGCACGGCCGAAAAAACUCAGAGCAACACACACCUUUAA